AUGCCUCCAAGACGCUCCUCAAGAUCGCGCGCGUCAGUAGAGCCGGUGGCCGCAGCGCCGAAACGCAAGCGAAACGAGCCCGCGGUGGUCGAAAGCGACGAGGAAGACGCGAAGCCUAUUGCCAGGACGCGCCGCUCGUCUUCCACCCAACCAGCAGCCAAGACUAGGACAUCUACGCGCUCGAGGAAAUCGCUAGAAGAGGUGCAAGAGGACGAGGAGGACGAGGAGGAGUCCCAGCCACCUGCAAGGAAGAAGUCGCGCCCAUCGCUGGAAACAGAGGACGAGGAAGCCGAUCCUAAGGAGGUGCCCAAUACCCGCACUCGCGAAACGGGCAGCCCCUGGAAGGAAGUCAACCUCGACUAUCGUAUUGACGAUAGCGAGAACGAGGCGCCGUAUGAGCUCAACGAAGAUGGUGAAAUCCGGCAGCUUCCGCCGCCCAAACGAGCGUCGAGUACUCGUGUCAAGAAGGAGAAGGAGGUCUAUGUCAUUGACGACUCAGAGGACGAAGUUCCUUCGAAGUCAAAGGCGAAACCGAAGGUGAAGAGGGCGAUGACUCCGGUCAAGGAGGAAGUGGCUCAGGAAGACGAAGAAGAACUGGAGGAUGUGAAGCCGGAGCCAGCGAACGAAGACGGCGAGGACGACCAGGACGCGCCUGCUGCCGCUCCAACAAAAGCAGAUGAGGACGAAGAAGAGGAAGAGACGGAGGCGGUAUCUGCGGCUGUUCUCCCGAAACGAGAGCCUGCGACGCCGCCCCCCGUUGAAGAGGAGUUCGAAGAAGAGCAUUCCUUCCUUGAUCCCCCCCUCCCCACAUCUCCCCAGAAGCAAUCGCAGGUAGCACCCGUGCAGGAGGAACCUCAGGGUCCUACGCCACGCCUCGUCAUACAUAAGCUCGUCCUUGUCAACUUCAAGAGUUAUGCCGGCAGGCAGGAGAUCGGACCGUUCCACAAGUCGUUCUCCGCAAUCGUUGGACCCAAUGGAUCCGGCAAGUCCAACACCAUCGACGCCUUGCUCUUCGUUUUCGGAUACCGUGCUUCCAAGAUGCGCCAAGGCAAGCUGUCGGAACUGAUCCACAACUCCGCCAACUACCCCGACCUCAUGGAGUGCAGUGUCGAAGUGCACUUCAAGGAGAUUCUUGAUUUGCCUGGUCCAGACGCCUUCGAAGUGGUCCCCGAUUCCCUGCUCACAGUGACUCGCACUGCGUACAAGAACAACAGCAGCCGGUAUAGCAUCAACGGGCGGGGAAGUAACUACGGCGAAGUACAAACUCUCCUGAAAGGCCGCGGCAUUGACUUGGACCACAACCGUUUCUUGAUCCUGCAGGGCGAGGUCGAGUCCAUCGCCCAGAUGAAACCCAAGGGCGUCAACGAGAACGACGACGGCUUGCUGGAGUACCUCGAGGAUAUCAUUGGCACCGCUCAGUACAAGCAGCCAAUAGAGGCCGGACUAGUGGAGGUGGAGCGUCUAUCGGAGGAACGUCAACAGAAGUUGACCCGCUUGCGUAUCGUGGACAAAGACCGGAAGUCUCUGGAGUCCAAGAAGAAAGAGGCGGAAGAUUACCUCAGGAUGCUCAACGACCUCACUCGGCACAAGUCUAAACUCUGGCAGUACUAUGUCUGGCAAUGUUGGAGAACGACAAGAACCUGCAGCGCAAGCUGGUACGUACUGCUCCCUGCUUCGUCCUGGUUCCACGAGUUAAUCCUUUCAUUCUCGACUCUAGAAAGAGCUCAACCAGAAGCUCUCAAAGGAGCGGGAGGACAACCAGACAAGAUCGAUGCGUCGGAGGAAGCAAUGGCUGAACUUGAGGCUAACGAAGCAUUGUACAAAGAAGUCAAGGAAGCGGCUGACGCCUGCGAGCACGACUUCAAGCGACAAGAGAAAUUACACAUUUCCUUGGAAGAGAAGUGCAAGCACGGUAAGAACAAGACCAAGAAGCUGAAGAAGAGCAUCGAAGAGGACGAACGCGCCAGGAAUGAGGCUAAGCGGAAUAUCGAAGAUAGCACUGCCAAGAUCCACAAGGUCAACGGGGAGCUGAAGGAGCUCCAACAGAAGCUUGUGCAAGAAGAAGCCGCUCUCGAGAAAAUUGUUGAUAGCUUGAAAGAUCAACUCCAAGAAGGCGAGAUUGACGUGUGGACGAGCGAGCGGAAUGCACUUGAGAUGAAGGCUGAGACCGCAAGCGAGCCCAAGUUGAGGCGAGGCCUCGCUCGAGAGCUUCGUGGGGAGUUGCAGAAGAAGACGGCCGAGACGCUGCGAGGAAAGGUUCAAGACCUGCGUCAGAAGGCAGAUGCUUCUCGCCGUAAAGCCUCCGAGGCAAGGGCCUCGCAGGAGCAAUCGCGUAGCAACAACGUCGUUCUCGACGGUCUGACGCGCCUCAAGACGCAGGGCCGCCUCUCAGGCUUUCAUGGACGUCUCGGUGCUCUGGGAACCAUUCCCGACAAGUACGACAUCGCCAUCUCCACGGCCGCUGGUGGUGCUCUCAAUAACUUUGUCGUCGACACCGUCGAGCAAGGACAGGAAUGCAUUCAAUAUCUCCGCCAACAAUCGCUGGGGCGCGCCAACUUCACAGUGCUUGAGAAGCUCACCAAUGACCGCGGGAUGGAACCUAUCCAGACGCCUGAGAACGUCCCUCGUCUCUUUGACCUCAUCAAGCCCAAGGACAAGCGUUACGCUCCCGCGUUCUACAAGGCUGUGCAUAACACGCUCGUCGCGAACGAUCUCGAGCAGGCGAACCGCAUCGCCUUCGGUGGUGCACGCCGCUGCCGGGUAGUCACGCUCAACGGUCAGCUCAUCGAGGCCUCCGGUGCUAUGUCGGGCGGUGGGGGUCGGCCUCAGCGCGGCGCCAUGAGCUCCAAGUUCGCCGCAGACAUCGUCUCACCUGAUGUCCUCCGCCAGUACCAACAGGACUCAGAUCAAGACCAGCGAGCACUCGACACUGCUGUAGGCAGGUGUGGAGAGCUUGAGCUGAAGCUCGAUAGCCUACGGAAGGACCACCCGAAGCUAGAGGAUGAGUUCCAGUUCCUCAACAUGGGCAUCGCUCAGAUCAAGAAGCGGAUCGAGGAGGCUGAGAAGACCUUCAAGCAGCUCCAGGCGCAGAGCAAGCCGGAGUCGGGGGACCUCUCUCGUAUCGCUGCGCUCGACAAGAAGAUCGUAUCUGCCACCGCCGAACAAGAUAAGCUUCAGGGGAAGGUGGACGCGAUCCAGAAGGAGAUCCAGGCCCUCGAGAAGAAGAUUCUCGAGAUAGGUGGAACUGCUAUGCUGGCCAAGAAAUCCGCGGUUGAGGGCUGCCGCAAUUACAUCAAGAUUGCUAACGGCGACCUCACCAAGAACGAGGUUUUGAAGUCGCAGGCAGAGAAGGAUAUCAAGAAGUACGAGGCGAAUCUCGAGACCAACCGUGCUAUGCUCGAGGGCGAGGAGGAGAGUUUGCAGGAGCUGACCCAGCAGUGCGCGGAUGUCUCUGAAUUGAUGUCAGAGCUCACCAAAAAGCUUGAAGAGGCGAAGGUCGCUGCGGAAGACGUGGCAGACAAAGUCGCUGCACAGAAGGCCGAGGUCAAGGAGAUGGAAGAGAGCAUCAUGGCUUUCCGCAAGCGUGAGAUGGGGCUUCAACAGGACAUCGCAGAGGUGACGAAGAAAGCCGAUGACAACAGGGAGACGAUGGACCACUGGAACCAAAAGCACGAAACACUUUCGCUUGAGGAUGUCGAUGAUGAGUCCGAUGACGACGACGACGACGAGGCUGAUCCCAAUGCUGAGGGCGGCGAAGAUGCUGAGAGCGGCAAGAAAGUCAAGAAGGAACCGGACACCCGCAAGCCAGAUGGAGAUGAAGACCCUCAUAAGCUCAAAGAAUUCCCCGACGCUGUCUUCCUUGAUGAACAAAUCAAGAGGGCUAAUCCCGAUCUAAGCGUCCUGAAGGACUACCGCAAGCGCGAGAAGGAGUUUUUGGAUCGCGCGAACGACCUUGAGGCCAUCACGAAGCUGCGCGAUGAGAGCAAAGCGGAGUACGAUGCACUCACGAAGAAGAGGCUCGAUGAGUUCAUGGCAGGCUUCAGCGCGAUUUCGCUGAAGUUGAAGGAAAUGUAUCAGAUGAUUACAUUGGGCGGCAACGCCGAGCUCGAACUUGUAGACAGCAUGGACCCCUUCUCUGAGGGCAUCAUCUUCAGUGUGAUGCCGCCGAAGAAGAGCUGGAAGAACAUAUCCAACCUGUCAGGUGGCGAAAAGCCUACGCCUCUUUAUUUCAUGGACGAGAUUGAUGCCGCUCUCGACUUCCGCAACGUCUCCAUUGUGGCCAACUAUGUCAAGGAUCGUACGAAGAACGCGCAAUUCAUCAUCAUUUCUCUUCGUAAUGACAUGUUCGAGUUGAGUCAUCGACUGAUCGGCAUCUACAAGACUGCCAAUGCCACUAGAAGCAUCGCGAUUGACAACCACGCUCUGGCAACGAUUCCCUUGAACUCUCUUUCCGUAGCGAGCUGA